GUCAUCAUCACAAGUUUACAACACAGCAGUACUAUAAAUCAUGGAGAAUCCUCACGCCGAACGACAAGCAGUUUUACUAGAGCGUAUUCUCAAGAACGCUUCAGCGUGCACGGAGAUGAUCCUCGAGCUAAAUCACUGUGUGGAGGAAAUACUUCGGGCCAAUGCUUCUGUAAAGAUUGCAGCAGAUUUGACGACGAAAUACCGCAAAAAUGUCCAGUAUAAUCUAGCAGCGACAACUUUGCACUCAGAGGCUUCAUAACCAUCCAAGUUGUGGAGGAUCGUUUACACUCAUCGCCGGGUUAGAAAACGUCUUCGAUUCCCAUUAAACAGUGUCCAAGAGUACGAUAUCGAGUCGGUGAUCGUGCUAGCCCCCACCGGAGCUU